AUGAUUUCGUCCUUGGAACAUUACUGCCCAAACAUGAAUCAUGAUCCAUACAAAGUUUGCGUGCACUACAGAGACUGGAUACCUGGAGUACUAAUAACUGAGCAAGUCAUCACUUCGGUAAGAGAUUCACGAAGAACUCUCGUGAUAGUUUCGAAAAAUUUUUUGGAGAGCUGCUGGACAAAAUGGAAUUCCGAACCGCUUACACGCAGGCCCUUACCGAAGGAAGAAGCAGAGUCAUAG